AUGUCGUUCCAGCACUCUUCGUCCCUGGAAUCGCAACCUACAACAUGGCGACGUGAAGACGAUCCCGAAUACGCCGAUGACCCUGAAUUCCGCACUUUCGCAGCGAAGCUUGGCGAUGACCUUUUCGCCCUGACCAGCGACGUCGCCCGCCUGUCGCAGGAGAUCGCGAAGCUUGGGACAUCGCGUGAGACGGCUAGGGUUCGAGAGCGUGUGAAGACGGCGGUGGAAGACAUAUCGGACAAAUUCAAAGAUAUUGGAGAGAGGCUGAAGAGGCUCGCUACAUGGGAGGAUGUGGGACCGUCGCAAAGGUUCACGCAAUCGAAACUCAACCGCGAGUUCAAAGCUUCCCUUACCGAGUUCCAACAACUACAACGCCAGGCUAUCGAGAAAGAAAAGGCUUCCGCUUCCGCUGCGCGAGCAGCCCUCCAAGAGCAUGCAUCACCGACCGAAGAGCGGGGCCAAUUUGGUCAACAACAGGACCAGGAGCAGCUGCGGCUAGCGUCUCAGGACGACGUCAACUUCCAAGAGCAGCUAAUCAUCGAGCGCGAGUCUGAGAUCCGCAACAUCGAGCAAUCCGUAGGCGAACUGAACGAGCUGUUCCGCGACGUCGCGCACAUGGUCCACGAGCAAGGAGCCCAGCUCGACAUAAUCGAAGAGAACGUGGAGGUCACCCAUGAUGCCUCACGAGGCGCGCACGUCAACCUGAAGCAGGCGAGCAACUAUCAGAAGAGCGCGAGGAGCAAAGCUUGCAUUCUCCUACUCAUCCUGGCCAUUGUUUUGGUUAUCAUCAUUUUGGCGGUUGUCCUGGACUAA